CUCCUUGUAGUUUCGUUCAUCGACAACAAAACUCACAUACACGCACUCACAUGCACCGAUAUAUAUACACAUAUAGAGAGAGGAAAACAUCCAUGUAUAUGUAGAUGUAUAUGUAGGAGCUUGUAGAGAGAUGAGGAUAAGCUGCAACGGGUGCAGGGUACUACGGAAGGGUUGCAACCAGGAAUGCAUCAUAAGGCCAUGCCUCCAAUGGAUCAAAUCCCCUGAGUCCCAAGCCAACGCCACUCUCUUCCUCGCCAAGUUCUACGGCCGAGCCGGCCUCCUCAACCUCAUCGAGUCCGGCCCCUACCAUCUCCGCCCCGCAAUAUUUAAGUCGUUGUUGUACGAGGCGUGUGGAAGGAUAGUGAAUCCUGUGGAUGGAUCAGUGGGUUUGAUGUGUUCGGGGAACUGGUCCCACUGCCAAGCGGCCGUCAAUGCGGUCCUCAACGGCUCGUCCAUCACACACAGCCCUCUCCCUGGUGCACCCGCGUCGCACCAGAUCAUCCCUCCUCACAAGACCUUCGACAUUCGCCACGUGGCCAAAGACCCCGCCCCUGAUGAUGGCAGCUCGGACACCCCGCGCAUCAACAAGACCAAGGCCCCGACCCGCCGGUUCAAACGGCUCGACUGGUCCCAGUACCAGCUCGGAGAAUCGAGCCGCAACGCAUGGCCGCUCGAGACCAUGAACGCCUCGGCUGAUGUCCAUUUCGAUGCCGGUUCUGCACUUGGGUUUUAUGAUCGAACCAAUGUCGAGGAUGUUGGUUUGGAGCUAAGGCUUGGUUAGAUAUAAGUUGAAUCAAGUCAACAGAAAAGUAUUAGAAAUCAAUAACUAAUAACAAUAUAUAUAGUUUUGCUUUGUUAAAUAAACUCACUACCUGCAUAAUGGGAGGAGAGAAAAGAAAACCUGUCGUGGUCGAUGGGAUCUUAUGUAUAUAUAGGCUCGGUGUUUAUGCAAAUCAUAUUUUAUGUCGCUAAUAGAGAAUUCCCUGUAAGUUAUAUGCGCAUUAAAGAAAACAUUUAUCACA